CGAGCAGGCCAGCAGUAUAUAAUCAUCAGCUCCGCGGACUGGCAAGUUAAAGGGAGGAGGAGAAAGGAAGGCGUUAGCAACGGCAGCAGAUCCGUCUAACCGAAAUCCCAAUUAAUCCCAUCCCACAACAAACUUAGGUGUUCUACAAGCAGAGAAAACUGGAAAGAUAAGAUCACAAGUUUUAUUUACAGACGGAGGCCGGAGGAGGAGACCAGGACAGAGAAGGGAGGAAGAAAGAUCGGAAGUUUGUUAACCGAAUCAGGGGUCCGAAACAAGAAAGACAAGGGAAUCAAGGAAGGAAGGCCGGUGCCCAACUAGUGCCAAGGGGCAUUGCCCGCCGGCGGCGCGUGGUCCUGCCGGCAGAGGAGGACGGCAGCGGCGGCGGCCAUGGCCGGCUACGAGCUCGUCAGGAGCGACGACGGCGCAGCCGCCGCCACCACGCCCGAUCUCGAGUCCGGCGCCUCCAAGGCCUCCCCCCUGCCGACGCCGGUGUCGCCCGCCGCCCGGCAGCGGCUGGUCUCCCUCGACGUCUUCCGCGGGAUCACCGUGCUGCUUAUGAUCAUUGUUGAUGAUGCUGGAGGAUUUCUCCCAGCGCUGAAUCACUCUCCUUGGGAUGGUGUUACUAUUGGCGAUUUCGUCAUGCCAUUCUUCCUUUUCAUAGUCGGAGUCUCUCUAACAUUAGCAUACAAGAGGGUGCCAGAGAGAUUAGAAGCGACUAAGAAGGCUGUUCUCCGUGCGCUCAAAUUGUUCUGCCUUGGUCUUGUACUCCAAGGUGGGUUUUUUCAUGGUGUCCGCAGUCUCACUUUUGGUGUCGACAUAACCGAAAUAAGGUUGAUGGGUAUACUGCAGAGAAUUGCGAUAGCUUAUCUUAUAGCAGCUAUCUGUGAAAUUUGGCUCAAGGGAAAUGAUGAGGUUGAUCGUGGGCUCGAUUUGCUACGGAGAUACCGCUACCAGUUAUUUGUAGGAUUGCUCCUCUCAGUCAUGUAUACCGUUCUCUUAUACGGUAUCUACGUUCCAGACUGGGAGUACCAGAUAACAGGUCCUGGUUCUACAGAGAAAUCACUUUUGGUGAAAUGUGGAGUAAGAGGAGAUACCGGACCAGGUUGCAAUGCAGUUGGCAUGGUUGACCGCACAAUGUUGGGGAUCGAUCAUCUCUAUAGACGACCGGUUUAUGCAAGGACCAAGGAAUGCAGUAUAGAUUAUCCGGAAAAUGGACCGCUUCCACCUGAUGCUCCAUCGUGGUGCCAGGCUCCAUUUGAUCCUGAAGGCCUCCUCAGCUCCGUUAUGGCCAUUGUCACGUGCUUGAUGGGGCUGCAAUUUGGACAUGUCAUUAUACAUUUUGAGAAACACAAGGAAAGGAUUAUCAAUUGGCUAAUCCCUUCCUUCAGCAUGUUAGCACUGGCCUUCUUAAUGGACUUCAUUGGAAUGCGCAUGAACAAGCCGCUAUACACAAUAAGCUACACCUUUGCUACUGCCGGUGCUGCCGGGUUCUUUUUCGCUGGAAUUUACACUCUGGUAGACAUGUAUGGGUUCAGGAAACCAACCAUCCCCAUGGAGUGGCUGGGAAAGCACGCCCUGAUGAUAUAUGUGCUGGUGGCGUGCAACAUCCUUCCCAUGUUCAUCCAUGGCUUCUACUGGAAAGAGCCCAAGAACAACCUUCUUAAGUUCAUCGGAAUCAGAGCAUGAAACAACGCAGCUCAUCGGCGGCUAGGGAUGGAUACGUCGGUGUAUAUAAUUUUAGGCCGAUUUUUUUUUCUCUGUUCGGUCAGAGCAUGACGAUGUUCAGCGAAUGGGCUGCCUAUUCUAUCAGCAGAGCUGAACAAUAGAGGCUGUUGCGACUUGCCAGAGGAAUGCAAUCUCUUAGCUCCUGUACAUGUUAAAGAUGCUUUAUGUAGAUGAUAACACUGGUUCAGACAAAAUGCAUACAGGUACUCGAGGAAGGCUCACACAUAAUGUGUAUAUAUAGUUCCCAUUUUUUAUAUGGUUUUGUUCAGCUGAGAAGCAUGUGUUUA